GUCACUGUCAGUCAGGUCGAUCAGUUAAUAUCGAUUUUUAUUCACAGGAAAUCUAGUCGGAUCGGUUUUUAUUUUUUAAGUUUUUAUUUUAUCACGUUGAAACUUAAAAUUCAAAUUUAUUAAAUUUUUGUGUACACACAUAGCAUUAUAAAGAACAGACACCAAAUAAUAAUAAUGAGUACCUCAAACGCACAACCACCUCAACAUUUUGCAUGUUUGUUAUUGGUAACAGGACAUGCCCUAUAUGUGUUAAUUGGUUCAAUCACUCUUAAUUGAUGUUAUAACAAGUGAUAACACUAUCCAUAAGGCUACUGCCAAAGAUCAUAAAUGGCGGCAUCGCGGGUAUCGUGGGCGUGUCGGUGGUGUUCCCCCUGGACCUGGUCAAGACCAGGCUCCAGAACCAGACGGUGGGGCCACAAGGCGAGAAGCAGUACAAGAGCAUGCUGGACUGCUUCAAGAAGACGUACGCAGCGGAGGGUUACUUCGGCAUGUAUCGGGGCUCCGCGGUGAAUAUCUUACUCAUCACGCCGGAGAAGGCCAUCAAAUUGGCCGCCAACGACAUGUUCCGCCAUUACCUCACGCAGAAGGACGGUUCGCUGCCGAUAUUCCGUCAGAUGUUGGCGGGCGGCAGCGCGGGUGCCUGUCAGAUCGUGAUCACGACGCCCAUGGAGCUGCUCAAGAUCCAGAUGCAGGACGCCGGACGCGUCGCCGCGCAGGCUAAAGCGGAGGGCCGUACAGUCCCUCGCGUGACGGCCAUAGAGCUAACCAGAAAACUGUUAAGAGAGCGCGGCAUCCUAGGGUUGUACAAAGGAAUAACAGCGACCGCUGCUAGGGACGUCUCGUUCAGCGUCAUCUACUUCCCACUAUUCGCUACAUUGAACGACUUCGGGCCCAGGGAGACUCCGGGCGGACCUACUGCUUUCUGGUGGUCGUUCGGGUCGGGCUGCCUGGCGGGGUCGGCGGCGGCGCUGGCCGUGAACCCCAUGGACGUGGUGAAGACGCGCAUGCAGACGCUCACCAAGGGCACCGGCGAGCGCCAGUACUCCUCCAUAAUGGACUGUGUCGUGCAAACGUUGAAGUACGAAGGUCCGACGGCGUUCUUCAAAGGUGGCGCUUGCCGUAUGAUCGUGAUCGCUCCUCUGUUCGGCAUCGCCCAGACUGUCUACUAUCUGGGCAUCGCCGAACAACUUCUAGGACUCAAGAAGUGAAUCCGUUAGCCUAUCUGACACCAUGUGGUAAGAAUUUAAGAAUUCAUGUUUUCUUCCAAUAACACUACUGAGAAUGCAUGCUUAUUAAAUUACUCGCGUUGAAAAUGUUCUGACAUUGAUAUUGCUGUGAGGGUAAAACAGUAUUAUAAGUUGAGUCGGUAAAACAGCACGAUAUAUUGUGUCGGUGAAACAGGUCUAGGUUUUGUGCUUUUUACUAGUAUGCAUUCUUUGAAGCGCUCUAAACGAACAAAAUAUAAUAUGUGUUGAAUGAAAUGUAAUAAGAAUAUUUAUCGUCUUUGAUUGUAUUUGUGGAGUCGUGACAUAUCCUAUUUGUGACAAUAAUUUAUUUUUAUUUAAGGAAUUAUUUUUUUGUUAAGCAGACAAUUUUGUUAUAUAACGACUGUAACGCUUUUUGUUUUAUUUUUAUAGCAAAUAACGAAUCGAUAUAAUUAAGUCAUUAAUUUAUCAAUUUAAUUGGUAAAUUAUGUAUAUUUUUUUUAGUUAUAUUUUUUGCACUUUGUUGUUUUUUUGUUAAAUAAAGGAAAGUGCAUUUUAUUAACGAUAUAUUCGCUAUUAUUUUUAUACAAUGCAAUUUGAUUGCGAGAAAAUAAACUAAGACAACAAACAUUUCCAUACCAUAGAUAUUUUCCUGCAUCUCUCUAGCUCAAAUAUUUUCGAUAGACACCUGUUAGAUUGAAGUGAUAUUUUGUUGAUUAAUUUUAAAUAUUGUUGCCAUUUUUAUUAUGUAAAUUAAUUGAGUUAUACAAAGUGAUGUUUAUAGCUAUAUUUUUUGCAAAAAUUUUCAUUCGAUUAGUGUUCAUUUUAUUUGGCACUUUAAUAAGUUCUAUACUCAGAUGAUAUUAAUAAUUAGUUAUUCGUUAUUACUCAAGUAUAUCAAAGGUAUGAAAUCCACUUCAUACUUAAACAUUUUUAUUUGAUAAAAAAGUAAUGUUAAAGUCUUAUCAUCUUAUUUUAUAAUUCGUAACGAACGUUUGUGAUUGGUGCAAAUUAGGAAGUUUAUAAUGAUUUAUGUAUCUACUCCAAUAUACCCUGUUACUUAGAUCGUUAAAAUGACAAUAAUUAUAACAAUUGUGAAUUAUAGAUAGCGGUGUAAAGAAAAAAUAUUUAUAAAUGUCAAUUUAACGUGUAUGAGAUUUUAGCAGUUUUCUUUUUCAUUGCAUUUAAAUAAACCUAAAUAUUAAUUAAAUGAGGCAAUCGUUACGUCCGGAUAAAAAAAUAUUUGUGAAAAAUAAUUAUGAUUUCAGUACAAAGUUUUUUUUUAUCAUAAUACAUAAUCCAUGUUACAAAAAUCACUUAUUUGGUUUUCUAAUUAUUUAGUUACCACACACUUCUCGUUGCAAUAAAUUGUCACGUUAUAAGCAAGCACUUAAUAGGUGUUGAUCUUAUGUAAGCAAAUUUGCACGAGACAUUUUAGUUCGUCAUCUAGGUACUAUACAAUGAUAAAUAUACAAAUAUAAUAUAAAUAUUUUGCUGAAACGCUUAGAAUCAGGGAUGGGUCUAUGCUCAGUGUUUUAGCAGUUUUCCAAAACAGUCCACCGCUCUAUUUCUCUAUGGGUCCGGUUGGAUUUGGGCCCGACUUUUUGAAAGAAACUGGAAGAAUACCGGGACUAAACCCAUCAAAAAAUAUUAUUAAAAAGACAUCUCAUUGUUAUCGAUAAAUUUGCUUUUAUGUAUUUUUUGAAGACAGUAAAAAUACUCGAAAAUGCUUCAGUGUUAUCGAAUAAUAUUCAAAAUUAUUGCUUUAGUGGAAUGUCAAUUAAGUGUGAUCUAACUAAUACCUGCUCAUACAGUGUUAAUGAAAUUUUGUUGAAUAGGUCUAGAUGUUUAAUAAAUGUAGAUAAAACUGA